AUGCCGACGCCCGACGAUGAAGCCAUGGUCUCGCCGACGGAGCACGAGAGCAUCGCUGGCCGCGCGACCUGUCCGCCAGAAGAUGCGCGCAUUAUCCCUACCCACGAAUUGACUGAUACACCAAGUCCAAGUGUGCCCAUGCAGCAGCCGACUCCCUCGCCGCAAAGCUCGCGCGAGCCUACCCAGGCGCCCGACGAUAUCCACAGCAAGAUAUCAAGCACCAACAUAGAAGCACCAAGCAGAGAUAUACCCACCCCCAUGACCGCGACCGACGAUGGCACCGAGGAGCAACGCACGUCUCAGGCUUCGCCGCUUUCCACGGCGGCGCCAGUUUCGCUGCUCGCCAAUCACCUGUCGUCGCCGUUUCCUGCGCAUAGGUUCAUACCAAAUACAUCGUCCUCCCUCCUUCGGCCCGGUAGUCGCUUCGUGGGCACUCAAACCUCUGACCGUCAGAAGUAUGAAGUCGAAGUCGAGAUAAAACACGUCGACAUGCGCGAGUCCUUCAUGUGUGGCUACUUGCGCAUCAAAGGUUUGACCGAAGACCAUCCUAGCUUGACGACAUACUUCGAGGGCGAGAUCAUCGGAAGCAAAUACACAUUCAUUACCCAGCACCCGGAAUGGGGUUCCAACGAAAAGGUUGACCGACAACAUUGGGCGCGGUUCCCUGCAUACAAGCCGCUGUCAAAGUACUCCUCUCGCCAAGAACUGGUGACCAAGGACUGGAUGCAGAAGGAGCACUUGUUCAUGCGAUGGAAGGAAUACUUCCUCGUGCCAGAUCACCGCGUCAGGACAAUAAGCGGAGCGAGCUUUGAGGGCUUCUACUACAUCUGCUUCAACCAGGUCUCGGGUGGCAUCGAGGGCAUCUACUUCCACGCUAAGAGCGAGAAGUUCCAGAAGCUCCAGCUGGAACACGUCCAAGAUUAUGGAUGCCAGGGCGCAAUUGAAUUCCGAUAA